AUGUAAUUCAAUACUAUUCAUUCUCUAGAUCACUCUCUUCCUACAUCUAAUUAUCUCCCCCUAACAGUAUGCAAUAAUCAAAUUGGUUUCUUGCCCUAUCUCCAGCAUGCCUUUACACCUACUGGGCAAGAAAUCAUGGAACGUCUACAACCCUAAGAAUAUCGAGCGCGUGAAGCAUGAUGAAGAAGCAGCCAAAGCACGCGAAGAAGCAGAAGAACAACGCCAACAAGAAGUCGAUGCCGAGCGACGUCUAGCGAUUCUCCGUGGCGAAGUGCCCCCACCCUUACCUCCUCCCUCACCCAGUGCCGACGACGAAACCCCUAGCCGAAAGCGAGAUCGCGAUGAAGAUCCGGCGACUUCCGGUUGGGGUAAAAAGCGCCGGAAACGUAAGCGCGCAGGCGAAGAUGACACGGACUUCGAAUUACGACUUGCGCGUGACCGAGCUGGAGCUACCCGAACAACCAGCGAUGCGCUUGUGAAAAGCCGGAGUGAUGCCCCACUUACAGACCACACGGGUCACAUCGACCUAUUCCCCGAUGAACGGUCGCACCCGCCGAAAAACGAAAAGACGGAGUCGGAGGCUGCAAAGAAGAAGCGGGAAAAUGAAGAUCAAUACACUAUGCGCUUCUCAAAUGCAGCAGGCAAAGAUGGUUUGACUGAUGCAUGGUAUACCAAGGGCGGUGACAUGAAGGAUGUCAUAGACCGAAGUCUGGAUGCACCUAGCAAAGACGUAUGGGGCAAUGAGGACCCGCGGCGUAAGGAAAGAGAGGUUGCGCGCGUCGUUGCGAAUGAUCCUCUGGCUAUGAUGAAGAGAGGCGCCGCGAAAGUCCGAGAAGUUGAAAAGGAAAGACGGCAGCUCAACGAAGAAAGGGGGCGGGAGCUAAAACAGCUCCGCAAAGAGGAAAAGAAACGGGAGAGGCGGCGUAGGCGAGAGGGGAGAGAAGAUUAUGACGACUUAGAGGGGUUCACUUUAGAUGGUGCUACUUCAAGUCAACCCCCGACCCGCUCCAAAGAUAAAGACGAUUCUCAUCGGCAUCGGCAUCGCAAAUCUCGAGAUGAAAGCAGCCGCUCACGGCGCCACUCCGAGCAUAGGCGUGAUCACAAGUAUGAUGAACGUCAUAACUCCGAGUCGGACGGCAAAGACCGAGAAAGGAACUUGUCAAAACACGAUCGCAGGCGGGAAGGGAGAGCAGAUAACUAUUAGUAUUGUAUUGUUUAAAGACCCGGCGUUUUCCGAAUAUUAGAUACCCCUUUAGUUAGUAAAAGCAUCAAUAGCACCAGCGCAUCCGCUCCCAUAACUAUGAUCGUAUGGA